GGUCAAAUUGUUGUAAACUUAAUAAAAAAAAAAAAAGCUCAGCUAUUUUAUCAUAAAAUAGUAAGUAACCAUCAGUAAUACCACAUUUUUCACACAUUUUAAGUCUGACAACUUAACUAUGUUAUGAUGAAUUAUUAUACUGUUAUGUGUCUUCAUAUUUUACCUUGCAUUUCAUAAAAGACUAAAAGAUGACCUAAUAAUACAGCUUAGGUAGUCUAGUAAGUUUAGUAAGGGGGGGGGGGGGGCGCUAUGCUAUAGUCUAGUUAUGACCACAGUAGUCUAGACUCAAACUCUAGCGCUAGGUCUAGCGACACAAUUGUCAAUUGUACACUGACUGUUACUCCCGAGCCCUAUUCUUACUAUCUUAUAUUUUAUUUCUACUCUAAUCUAAGUAUAGUAAGUUAAGUAAGUAGCUAGCUAUAUCAGAGGCUUGAUAACUAAGAAUUCUAAGAUGGGGUUUACGUUUAAAGGAACUAAUGGAAGGAUCACUAUUAUUACUACGACUCCUAAGUAAGGACUACUAACUUAUAACUAACACUAACACCCUAUUCCUGUGGUCGGCAAAUUGCGGCUCGGCCAGUCGGCCACAAAUCGGUUUUAAUGCCAAAAAAACAUUGUUCUUGACAGGUUCUUGAAAAGAAAUUUGUCUCUCAAAAAUUUUUUAAUCGUCCUGCUACUCAUUUUUGGCCCUUUUGACUUAUAUGAGUUUGCCGACCACUCUGAGACUUCCUUCUUAAACUUAAACUGAACCAUUUGCUAACUGAAAUAAUUUUCGGCUAAAAUUAUGGACUGAUCCCACGGCGUCUUUUGUGUGUUUAUUAUAAUUGCAGUGAAUUAGGGUUUAGGUUAGGUUGAGGGAUCGAUUUAGGGUUCAGGUUAGGCAUAGGGAUCGAUUUAGGGUUCAGGUUAGGCAUAGGGAUCGAUUUAGGGAUACAUUCGUGAAAUUCGAUAAAAUUGUGGCAUUCGUCCUUAAAAUUUACCUAAUUUUCCCCUUAAAAUUCAACGUAAGUUCAAUCAAUCUGUUUCAGUUCCAGCCCUUGAAGUAUAAGUUAUCUUUACAUUUUUAAGUGUUGUGCUAUUAUAAAAAAUACACAUCAUUUUAUCAGAACUACCAGCCACUCUCUGUUUUAGAACACUAAGAUUUCCACUUCUUCAGCAAAAUUUAUCCAAACACCCUCUACUCACUUUAAAUUUAAAUUCUUCAGCUUCAGCACUUGUACUUACUGUUUUGGCUAACAAAUCACUUUGCAACUGCCUAGACUUUUCACAAAUUAUUAUGUCUUGCUAACCUUAUCUACAGACUACAGCCAGCUGCUUUCAUUUAUCCAAACAACAGUUUUUCCUACUUUCUUUGGUACUUUAGACCUCUGCUUCAUUAACAGUCACUCCUUUAGCUAAAUCAGUCCUCUUUUUUUCUUCAGAAUAUUACAAAUCGCCAAUUACAAUAUAUUGUAUUGCUUGGGGAUAUUGGAAAUAAGAAGACCAUUGUUAUUUACAGUUAUGGUUUUGAAGAUUUAAUCUGUGUUAAUAGUUGGCUGGUAGAAAAAACAAUAUUCAACAAAAGACGGAUAAAACAGUUUGCAAAGAAAACGAUACCAAAACUAGUGAUACUAAAAAUAUUUAAUUAAAGUAUAUGAAUAAAUUUCCAUACAAUUGCAAAUUUGAGUACAGAAGCAAAAAAUUGUAUUUAAUUACAGCAAGUGAAAAAAUGUACAUUCCUCAAAAUUCAAAUAUUAAUUUACACACACAGUAAUAUAAUUUCUUGUAUAGCAAAAAUCUCUCUCUUGCUCUGUCUAUUUGUCUUGCUUUAUCGAUCAAGUCUCUCUAUGUCUAUCUGCUAAGAAACAUGGCGAGCUUCAUACAGGAAUUGAAUCCAAACGUUCUAGUAAAGAAAAUCUAGAAAUUGCAUCACCUAAUGGCAAUCUUGAGAAUCUAAUCAACCUUUUCCCCAUCUAGGAAAGGGGCAAGUAGAGAAGGAGUGACGCAGCACAUUUACACGGUGACAUCAAUAUCAAGAUCAUAUUAGCUAGUGGUGGCUAAAAAUAGCUCUUUGUUGAAUUUAAAAAAUCAGCCAAGUCCUAAGCAAUACAAGGCUAGUUAUACUAGGCUACAUGUAACAGCCAUUAUCCUGUUGUAAUAUUAUUUAUUUUUUUAUUUCUACUUUAAAACAAUUCCUAUUAAUAACACUCUUCUCUUUAGGCAAAUGAGUGCUAAAAAACACAAAAAGCACAAAAGUAAAAAAAUGUAGUGUUGUUUAACGCAGCCCUCGGUCAAACAAUGUUAACUGCAAGUGCACCAAAGCACCACUGAGGCAGUGUGAUGGUGCAUACAGAAGUAUGCUUAUGUUCAUAACCCGAUUUAUUGUUCAUUAACGAGACAAAAAUUGUUUAUUAACCAAUUUGUUUGCUAACCAGGACAUUCGUUAUCUGAGGUUCCACUGUAUACUAUUCCUCCAAGAUCUUGGGCAAAGCAAGCUCAUCACAUAUUUUUCUUGCUAAUAGAUAUUUGACCAUUCACAAUCACUCAAUAAUUGAAAAAGCCCUGAAUCCCUUUCAACAACAGUCCAGUAUUGAACCUUAUAUUAGGCCAGUUAAGUACAUUCUCUGCAAGUUUUGUCACUCUUGAUUGACAUAGGCCUGCAUAAUGAACAUGUAAGGCGGAAUGUAAUACUUUAUGAAAAACUUGUGCUGGCCAAAAGAAAAUAGGACAGGACUUGUGCGGGCUAAAAGAAAAUGGGACAGCGGGGAAAGCUAUUAAGAAAAUAAUAAGAAUAAAGAAUGAAUGUUGUGCAAGCCUGACAUAGACUAUCAAUAUCAGCUCUUCAUUGGAUUUUCAUCUAUCCCUGUGGCGCCCCAGCCCAUGUAGGGCUUUGGCCUGUUCCUUGUAGUUUGUCUAUGGCCAAAAGAUGGAUCCUUUGUAGACAUUUAGCCUUGAAAACUUCCAGUGUCUGUUGUAUAUGCUAGUCACUCCAGUAUUCUGAUCUAUAGAAGAGAGCACUUGACAGGGCCAUCAACAAGUGGAGAGGGGAAGCAAUAAAAAGACAUACCAGUUUAGUUUUUGGAGUUUUGGGAUGGGCCAUCCUAACUUUAUAUUGCUUAGACUUAGAACCUUACCAAGUUUGAAUCCGAAAUGUAGGUUUCACUGAGUGCACUCAGACUUAGCGUCUUUAAAUAAAUAAGAGUACUGAAUACAUGUACUGUGAUGUCUAAUCUAGAGUUAAAUAUAGUAUAUUAUUGAGUUUUUGGCAUAGGUCAAUUUAGAUAUUUGAUGUGAGCUAUCUUUAAGUUUUAAGAUUGACUGUUAAGACUUAACUCAAAGUGUAAACAGUAGGGUGGGUAUAGAUAAAAGUCAGAUUGUACAUCUUGGAUAACCAUCAUUUUAAAGUAAUUUUUAAGCAUGAUAUUUUGAAUAAUGUCUUUUAAAUUUCUUUUGACUUUUAAAUAACUAUUUUUUUCAUUUCAGAUAUCUACACUGACAAAACUUUAGUUUAAAAAAUGGCAAAAACCGGACUCUUAAUAUUAACCCAGCCAUUGUCUCAUCUGCGAACUUUAAUUUCAUCUUUAGUUGAAGAGGCAUCUGUGGUUGUAAAUGACACACUUUAUGUUUGUUUGCAACCAGCGUUACAUAAUCAACAUCUGACUCAAAGCAAAUUACUUCAGCCCCUACUCUGUACUCGAGAAAUUCAAUCAAUUAUUACAGAUUUUUAUCUAACUGGCUCAAAAGCAUGUAACAAUCUUGACAUCCGAGUGUUGCUUUCACAUAUAUGCAUGAAUCCUUCUCUUCACACUGUUGUUCCUUAUGAUUUGAAGAAAGAGGUUUCUGUACUUUUAACAGAUUCAGCAAAUCUAAAAGAUGUUUGGACUUCUGGCAGAAGUUCCUUAACUGAUAUAUUAAAAACUUCAUUUAACAAUGUUAAAGUAGACAUCAACUUCAGCCUUAUUCAGACUGGCGCUGUGCCGGUACAUAAUAAUUUAAAUUCUGAAUCCCAUGAAAUUGUGAAAACCUACCCUAACGUUGUACUUGGUGGAACUUUUGAUCGUCUCCACACUGGACAUAAACUUCUACUUACAGAGAGUUGCUUACGCUGUGAGAAUAAAUUAACUGUUGGUAUAACAGAUGGAGAGAGAAACAAAAGUAGGUUUCUGUUGUUUAAUGAUUAUUUAUUAUAAUAAUUCAAUACAUUGUUUUAGUAUAUUGGAGAAGAUUUCUUGACUUUUAUUUCCAGUAUUAUUCUUUAAAUGGAGUUAACAUUCUUACUAUUGAAAAUCAUUAUUUAAAAUGAUAAACAUUUGGAUUACUGAAGUAUAAAUAACUUGCUUUUUCAUGUAAACUCUAUAUUAUUACAAUAAUUGCAUGAUUCAUAAGAAGUUAAAUCUUUAUUCCAAAGAGAAAUCCUUAUGGGAGUUAAUGGAACCGUAUUCAGACAGAGAACAGCAAGUUUUCAACUUUGUAACUGAUGUGAAACCAAAUAUCAUCUUGGAGGCAGUAAAGAUAUUUGAUCCCUUUGGACCAACAAUAACUGACCCCAACCUCCAAUGUAUUAUUGUCAGUAAAGAAACAAAGGCUGGUGGAGAACAGGUUAAUGAAGAGAGGUUGAAAAGGGUAUGUAUCAUUUUAAAGAGAAUGUUUCAUUUGUGGAUAUUUUUUGCUCUAAAUUUCUCAUGUCUUAUAUGGAUUAUAUAGAGCAUCUUUGAAAUGAACUUGUAAAAAUUCUCAAUAGCUUUGCUAAUAAAAUUGCUAAAUAAAAGUAUAUACGAAAAAAAUUGUAAGCUCUUUUUAUGUAAAACAAAUUCUAAUUUAUGAGAGAUAUUGAAAGAUAUUAAAUUAUUUUAUUGGGAACUCUGGAAAUGAUUUAUUUUGUACUUAAACAAAUUUAGCCAAGCUGGACAAGGGUAAUGGUUCAACCAAUAGUUAGAAAUUUUUACUUUGUCAUAGUAUCCUCAGCUAUGGUCAAAUAGCUGAAAAGAAUGGACUAAAAAAAAACAUGUUAUUAUCAACCAAAAGAAAUUUGUUUCGUAAACUCCUUUUUUGUGCAAUUUAUAAUGUUUUUGCCUAAAUGGUAUGUAAGAAUAAGAUAUGAAAGAAAUUUUAAACUCUUGCGAUUGUAAAUUUUAGUCAUUUUGUUUUUAGUUAGGCAAGCAAGAAAAACAUUUAGAGUAAAAUGGCUGAAAAUAAACAAUCUAUUUCAAGGGGAUGAAUGCAUUGGAUAUGAUCAUCAUAGACUUGGUGGAUGACAGCUGCCAUGGAGUAGAUGAAGAAAGUAAAAUUAGUUCCUCAUCUUUUAGGAAACGAUUGCUUGGAACAUUGAUAAAACCAGUACAGGUAGGUUAUUUUAUAUCUAUGCUUUAUAUGAUUCCAGUCAUGCUUAAUGGAAUUAGGUGGCUAAAGAAGAGAUUUUAUUUUAAAUAAUUUUUUUUCAUCAUUAUUUAAAAGCAGGGGUCUCAAACUCGUGGCCCGCAAGACGAUAUUUUGCGGCCCGCUACAUGACAGCAAAGUUUAAUGUAGCCCGCGCGUUUUCUCCAGUCUCAUAUCUAUUAUGUGACACUCCACGACGGUUUUAGUCGAAUUUCAGCGAUUCGUCUAUUUCUGUUUUUAUUAUAUUUAUAUAGAUUUGUACGUUGAUUAAAAUGGUAACAUCAAUUUUAAAAUCGGAAUAAAAGUUUUUAUUUUAUAGCAUUUUAAGAGACAAACAUGGCCCAAAAGAGGUUUUGAGAAAAGUUUUAAAAGUCAGUUAGUGGGUAAUGCACAACAAUAAUUGUGUAAAUCGUAGCAAUUGGAUAGAGUAUCAAAGAAUCAAUAUUAAAAUUGCCGCUAGCAUUUACAAGUGAGGGAAAGUCCGAACCUGUCAGCUUGUCACUUUCAAAAUAGGGUUAGUAAAAUAGUACUUUUCUACGAUAAAAAAUCCAAUUUCAUUUUCCCUACAUUAGCAUCUUCCUUCGCAUCAAUAAUUUAUAAAUAUCGCCUGCUCCUUUCUACUGUUUGAACACAUUUUAGCAUUUAAAGCCUUCAAGGAGAAAGAUGGGGUGGUUGUUCCUGUACUAAGUGAUCCCAAAUGGCUCAUGGACUUGGCUUUUCAAGUUGAUAUUUCACAGCUACAGGAAGAAAUUUAUCACAUGUUAUUAGACUUCAAAACACACACAGCCACUUUUCAGCUUUUAGCUGACCCCUUCUCCUUUAAUGUGGAAGAUGCACACACUCCCCCUCCCCACUUCUCUAGAAUUUCAAAUGGAGCUGAUUGAUCUUCAGUGCAAUUCUAAGUUCAAGGAGGUGAAUGGAAAAAUAGACAAGCAUGGACAAUUUAUGAGAGUGAGAGCAUUGUCCUCCACCUUCCCUGAGAUUUCCAGGUUGUUCAAGCGGAUCAUGUGCCUUUUUGGAGAGAAGCUUUCUGUGCGAAAAGCUCUUUUCCACUAUGAACUUUAACAAGCCAAGAAUGAAACUUAUUGAUGAGCAUCCUCAAGCUAUACGGAGGGACUCAGUUGCUUCCUCAAUCAAGCCAAAUGUUGAUCAGCUAUGUAAGAAGAAGCGCUGUCAGGUCUCUGGCAACAAGGAUUAGGAGGAAGUAAGUGGAGCCUAGUUCUUGAGAACCCGUAUUGUUUUUAUUUGUUAUUAAUAAAGGUUAAGCAGAUUGUAACAGUUGUACUUUAUUGAAUUUGUAAUCACUUUGUGUGGAAUACUUAAUGCAGCCCAGUCGCGCAUAGACUCUACCUUCGGCGGCUCCCGGAUGAUUUGAGUUUGAGACCCCUGGUUAAGAGGAAUAAGAUGAUGAAUAAAAAAAAAAUGUUAACAUAUAGUUAGGAAAAUUGAAACAUAGACAAAAGCUCAUAGAAAUCUAUUGAGGUAUACAUCUCAUGUGGUACUAAUUCAGUUAUAGCUUCUUUUGAAUGAGUUAUAUCAUAUGGAUUAGCUAUCGGUAAUUAAAUGAAAAUGUUUACUUAAGCUUUUAACAUUAUUUUAUUUACAAAAAAUUGAUGACUGUGAUUCCUUUUACAAUUAAGUAUAACAAUAAUGUAGGAGUAAAAAUGUUUCUUUUGGUUUUUAAUUUUAUUUUUGUUCUUUAAUUAUCCAGUACCAUACAAAUCUUUUAACUGUUGUUGAUAAUGGUAUAAAUGGCACACAAAAAAUACAUUACUUUCUAAACAUUUAAGAAAAAUUAUAUGUUUAAGAACAGGCCUAAUAUUGGCAAGAGUCCUUACAGAAUUGCAGUAACUGGUGGCAUCGCAAGUGGCAAGUCCAAUGUUUGUUCAGAGUUACAGAAAUUGGGAGCGAAAAUUGUCAACUGUGAUUUAUUAGGUAAGCUUUCCAAUGUUCAAAUUCUAUUUUCUCAUCAAUCUGUUUCAAGAUUUUACACUACACAUUUCACAGAUAUACCUUGCACUUUUAUCUUGUUAGGGAUUAGAUCAUGGACAAAAGUACAGAAUAGACUAAUGACAUGGCAACUACGAAUGCUGUAGGACUUAAUCUCAAACUAACCAUAGAGUGAAUAUUUAUUUAUGGAAGGGUCACGUUGUUAGGACGGGUAGAUUUAAUUUAUGUGGAGAUGCGUAAAUGAUUGGCAUGUGAUGGGGUGAGAAGUUUUAAGAUGCAUGAAAUCAAGUUCUAUAUCGCAUUUGUGAAAUAGAAUGGAGGCCAUAAGAUAUUUAUUUUAUCACGUUAAGAAACCCAUGCCGAUUCAAAUGGGAAAAUGUAUUAGAAAUAGCUAAAUCUGAAUGGAGAUUAACAAAUCUGAUUGAAGUGUGAAUACAUGGAAAGAUAGGACACUGUGAAUUUUGUAGGGGGCCAAGGGAAUUUAAGGGUUCCAAUAAUCUGGGUUUUUCAUACAAUUUUGGGAGAUAUAAGUGGGGAUAUUUCGUAGUAAAAAGCUCAUUUUAGAGUUACCAGACUAGUUAAAAAUUGUGAAAAUGUCACAGUGACAAUAGUCAAAGUAUUGCAUUAUUUUUUCUUCUUCUUCUUUGUUUUGAGGGCCCACGAUCAAUGAAUUGAUUAUCUGGCUCCUAUUUGUCUCUAAAAAAUCAAAUGGCAUAAUAUAAUAUAAUAAAUUGAUAUUUUUCUUUGGGGAAAAGUAAUCUUAUUUCCUAAAUUUUUCAAAUUAAUUGAUGUCUCAAAAAUUUUUGUAGGUUUUUGUUUAAUUUUUUAAAAAAGAUAAACAACACUGAUGUUGUCAACUUGCAUACUAAUGGGGCUGUAGUCUAAAAGAUAGUAGUUUUCUUUUAGGGGGACUGAUCAUCUAAAACAUAUUGCAAUGUGCACAAAGAAAGAAAGUUUAUGUAACAUUUGUCUUAAAAAAACAAAUUUUUUUUUUAAUAACACAAUAUUAAAUUUGAUCUUUAAUUAUAAUGGCUUUUACAAUAUUAAAUUGAAAUAUGCAUGAAAUUUUGCUUACUUUUAUAAUUUAUUUCUCUAGGUCGUAAUUGUUUUCUAAAAUUUGUUAUAUAUUAUUAUCAGGCCACAAAGCAUAUGUUAAAGGUACCACAGCACAUUCAGAUAUUGUCAGAGAGUUUGGAGAAUCUAUUGUUGGUGAAGAUGGGGAAAUCAACAGGCAAAAACUGGGACAGAUUGUGUUUAAUGAUAAAGUCAGUUGUGAAUUUCAUUUCCUUAUUGUCUAAAUGUACAUGAAUUAUUUUUAUGAUAAAAUUCAAUAUUUGGGGUUAAAUAAUCUUUUUUUUAAAAAAUACGAAUUUUAUUCAAAUAUACAGCUGUAAACUGUAAAAAUUCAAUUUAUCACAAUUUAAUAAAACAUUAAUAUAAUAAAAAUAAUAACCACACAUUUUAAUAAUUUUAAGUGGUAAGUUUAUGGUAAAAAAAUUAAUUAAAAUGAAUUAUAUAAUAAUUUAUUAAAGAUAUUCUUUAUAUAUUUUAAAAUUCAUUACAAUGUUAUUUUUGAUUGAAAAUAAAUUGAAAAUUGAAAGUUGUUGUCAUAUUGGGGGAAAUAUCUUGCAACUAUUUAACGUAUUUAUCGGCAUAUAACACGCACCGGCGUAUAAUACGCGAUGCCGUAUGUGGUAUGUAAUGUGGGUCCUUAACAUUAUAUAGGCCUAUAACACGCACAAAUCAAUAGCCCCCUAUUUUCAGGGAGAAAAAGUGCGUGUUAUACGCCGAUAAAUACGGUAUUUUAAUUCUACUAACCAACAACUAAUCCAAGCUGCUUUAAUCUUUUUGGGGUACUCAUUGGGAAAUGAAGUUAAAAAUGAGGGUCUAACUUUGCAGUAGAAAACAAAAAAGAAAAGUUGUUGAUCAAAUGCACCAGAAAAAAUGAAUUUGCUCUGCUGAUCUAUCAUGUUAAUAUUUUAAAUGACUUCAAUAAUGUCAAGAGAUUCCACAGAUUUUUUUUUUCAAAAGAAGGUUUUAUCCAUGUAUUAUUUGUAUUCCUCAACACCACAUGUAAAUAUCAAUUGAAGAUUUGUUGGUACAUAUUUUGAUCAAAGUUUUACACUUUAUUAUUUUUUUUCCAGACUAAACUUAACAAGCUCAACAGCAUAGUUUGGCCAGUGAUUCGCAAACUUGCUGAGGAUGAGAUCUUAGAACAUAAAACAGGUAUUAUGAACACGUAUUUAAUAUAUUCAUUAUGAUUGCUUCAUUUAUAUUUCAUUAGUUAAUAUUUUAAGUUAUUAUCUUAUUGGUAGAUAUGUUGGUAUUGUUUUCUCAGUUGGUGUUGAAAUAGUUGUGCUUGAGGCAGCUGUCCUCUUUGAGGCUGGUUGGGAUGAUAUGGUUCAUGAGGUGUGGACGGCGUUUGUUUCAGAAGAAGAGGUAAAAUGUUAUAAAGUUAUAAAAGUUUUUCCCAUCUUUAUUUCAUGGCAGCAUUAAUGCCUUAUUUUUAAAAAUAAAAGUUUAGCAUAAUAAUGUCUGAUAGGCAUAUAUGCAUAUUGACACUUCCAUAAUAAAAUAAAGUUUAAAAAAAAUACAUUUUAAGUAUUUGAUCAUAGCAGCAGUUAAAAUCUAUUUUUGAGCAACUCUCACUUUGAUACAGUUUGGUACCAGCAAAUGAACUAUAUUUGUUACCAAUUAUUUUAAAAGUCUAAGAUUUAAAAAACAAUUUCUUCAUUUUGUACUGUAUUGCUUACACUAGCAAAUUAUAUGAGUGGGUUACAAACUCUUCAGGGUUUUCCCAUCUUAUGAACCAACUAGCUUUAGAAUGGGUUUAGACAGCACAUGUUUCUUUGGUGUUUUCAUUUUGAACUGUGUCUAGGCCAUCAAGAGAAUCACAACCAGAAAUAAGCUUAGUCAAGAAGAUGCACAGAAAAGAAUCAACUCUCAAAUUUCUAAUGUUGCAAGGAUCGCCCAAUCUAAUGUUGUAAUCUGUCCUCAGUGGGAAUUUGAGGUCACCAGAAAUCAGGUAUGAGAUCUAGCUAAAUUUUAAACCUGGGCAAAGGUGAAUAAGAUCCACUUUUGAGGUUGGUUUCCAUUGCCAAACAAUGUCUUGAUAAUCUGGUUGUCACAUUUUCUUGAUAUUUUUUUGUCCAAAUUUAUUUAUUUUGACAGGCUAAUCUUGCUUAAUUACUUGCACUGAUUGACUUUGACAUAGUUAAAAAAACGUGAAAGAGCUCAUUAUUAGACAACAUGUAUUGUCCUUCUCAGUUUGAGUAUUAAUAAAUGUCAUACCAGUAAUGUUCAAAUACAAGUUUUAUAGCACUAAAUAUACAUUUAAUAUUUUCAAUAAUUUCAUAGACAUCUUAUGUUUUUAUUGGUUUAUUUCAUUAGCUCACAAUUUCCAUUGUUUAUUAUUUCCCCACUUAUGCAGUUGCAGAGGGCCUGGACUUUGUUGCAACAACGAAUUAAUAAAAAUCCACAGACCAAGUUGUGAACAGAGAAUAAACCAUCAAAAGUAUUCUGUUGCAGUUCAACCAGGCUGAUGAGAUCAAUACAUGUUAAAAUUACUAUUGCGAUAUGUAUGUUAUCUGUAGUUUUAUUUUGUCAUUUUUAUCAUUUGUCAUAUUUAUGGCACUGUAGACUUAUUUAAAUUCAUAAAAUAAUAUGUUCACACUAUCUAUGCAGCCACUCAGUGAACUUGAUUGCCUUGCUAUUCAGAAUUAUUACAGCUCUUUUCUACUCAGGAAAUUGAUUAUAUAGCAAUAAUUUUAUCCCCAGAAUGAUUGAUUAAAUUCUAUUUAUUAAAUUAAAAAAAAACACACUUUUUUUCUGUCCAGAAUUUUUUCAUUUAAAUUUCUUUAUCUAACCUUUUAGCAGGUAAGUUAUUUGUUGAUCUUCUAGACGUAUUAUCAAAUGGAGUAAGGUAUUAAAUAUAUAAUAAUUAAUUGUUUCAUCUACAAUUUCUUGCCAAAGUUGUAUUAAUAUCUCUCGUACGGAGAGAUCACUUAAGUAAAUUUCCAAUACACUUGAGGGAAAAUGAUGUAUACAUGUUGUGUAAGGAAAGUUUUAACUUUGUGGUGCCCAUCUGGGGAAGGUAAUAAGGGGGUAUGGAGAUGUGGCAUUUGAAAAUGAAAUAAAUAUAAAUGGACAUUACACCAGGACAAGGGUCAAGCACUUGCAAUAGUCGACAUUAGAGGUUAACUCUAGCUGUAAGAUAUUUAUUGCUUGAUUGGUAGUAAAAUGAAAUUAAAAGUAGGAAAAAAAAAGGACAGAAAAGUUUUAAUUCCAAAUCACACUCUAGGGGCAUUACUCUGCGAAUGAGUGAAGGUUUCAUAUACAAACAUCAAAUCCCUUUUAUGCUCUUCUAUAUAUAUAUUUAAAUCCACCCUGUUUUAGUAUAAUAUUUAGGAUUUUUAUUAAAAACAGACUGUUAGUUGAUUUGUUAUAUUAAAUAACUUCUAUCACCAAGAAAGAAUGGGAUUAUUGUAGAUAAGCACUAUGCAAAAGACUGAUAUAUUUUGUACAGAUUAUUUUUUUUAUUUAAUCAAACUUUGUUAAUAUUAUUUCUUGAAUACCU